AUGAGCAAGACUUUUACUGGUGAAUCUGUUGGUAUUGAUUUGGGUACAACCUAUUCUUGUGUGGGUGUUUGGCAAAACGACAAGGUGGAGAUUAUUGCCAACGACCAGGGUCAGAGAACCACUCCUUCCUAUGUGGCUUUCACUGAUACAGAGCGUCUGAUUGGUGAUGCUGCUAAGAACCAGGUGGCUAUGAACCCUACCAACACUGUGUUCGACGCGAAGCGUCUGAUUGGUCGUAAGUUCGACGACGCCUCUGUUCAGAGCGAUAUGAAGCACUGGCCUUUCACUCUGAAGAGAGGUCCUGAGGGCAAGCCUGUGAUCGAGGUGGAGUACAAGGGCGAGAGAAAGCAGUUCUCUCCUGAGGAGAUUUCUUCGAUGGUGCUGACGAAGAUGAAGCAGAUUGCUGAGUCUUAUUUGGGCAAGGAGGUGAAGAAUGCUGUGAUUACUGUGCCUGCCUACUUCAACGAUUCGCAGCGUCAGGCUACGAAGGAUGCUGGAACGAUUGCUGGACUGAACGUGAUGCGUAUUAUCAACGAGCCCACUGCCGCUGCUAUUGCUUACGGUCUGGACCAGAAGGGAGGUGAGAAGAACAUUCUGAUUUUCGAUCUGGGUGGUGGUACCUUCGAUGUGUCGCUGCUGUCGAUCGAGGACGGAAUUUUCGAGGUGAAGGCGACUGCUGGAGAUACUCACUUGGGAGGUGAGGAUUUCGAUAACCGCAUGGUGGAGUACUUCAUGACGGAGUUCAAGCGCAAGUUCCACAAGGACAUUUCGACCUCGCAGCGUGCUCUGCGUCGUCUGCGUACUGCUUGCGAGCGUGCUAAGCGCACUCUGUCUAGCAGCACGCAGGCUAGCAUUGAGAUCGAUUCUCUGUUCGAGGGAAUCGACUUCAACAGCCAGAUCACGCGUGCUCGUUUCGAGGAGAUGAACAUGGACUUCUUCCGCAAGACGAUCACUCCUGUGGAGAAGGUGCUGCGCGACGCGAAGCUGUCGAAGAGCCAGGUGGACGAGGUGGUGCUGGUGGGAGGAUCCUCGCGUAUUCCCAAGGUGCAGAAGAUGCUGCAGGAGUUCUUCAACGGCAAGGAGCUUUGCCAGAGCAUCAACCCCGAUGAGGCUGUGGCUUACGGAGCGACCGUGCAGGCGGCCGUGCUGAGCGGCAAGGGCCAGGGCAGCAAGCUGGACGACCUGCUGCUGCUGGAUGUGGCUCCUCUGUCUCUGGGUCUGGAGACGGCCGGAGGCGUGAUGACGGUGCUGAUUCCCCGUAACACCACCAUUCCCACGAAGAAGUCGCAGAUCUUCUCGACCUACAGCGAUAACCAGCCGGGCGUGCUGAUCCAGGUGUUCGAGGGAGAGCGAACGAUGACGAAGGACAACAACCUGCUGGGCAAGUUCCACCUGGACGGAAUCCCACCGAUGCCUCGCGGAGUGCCUCAGAUCGAGGUGACCUUCGAUAUCGAUGCCGAUGGUAUUCUGAACGUGUCCGCCGUGGAGAAGUCCACCGGAAAGGAGAACAAGAUCACCAUCAAGAACGAGAAGGGCCGUCUGAGCGCGGACGAGAUCGAGAGAAUGGUGCAGGAGGCCGAGAAGUUCAAGGCGGAGGACGAGGCCAACAAGUCCCGUAUCGAGGCCAAGAACCAGCUGGAGAACUACACGUUCUCUGUGCGCAACUCGCUGCGCGAUGAGUCGAUCGCCGGAAAGCUCGCGGAGGCGGACAAGAAGGAGAUCGAGAAGAAGCUCGACGAGGCUUCGGCCUGGAUCGACGAUCAUCCCAAUGCGGAGAAGGAGGAGUACGAGGAGAAGCAGAAGGAGCUGGAGAACGUCAUCAUGCCCAUCUUCUCGAAGAUGGCUGGUGCUGGCGCUGGCGGUAUGCCCGGUGGCAUGCCCGGUGGCAUGCCCACGGGAGGUAUGCCUACUGGCGGCAUGGGCUCUUCUUACAAGCCUGCGGAGGAGGAUGACGGUCCUCAUAUUGAAGAAGUGGAUUAAGUGAGCCUGGUGGGUUUCUGCAGACAAUAUGCAUGUAAUUUAGUAUCGCGUU